GGCCGGGAUCCGGAGCCGCCCGAGAUCGCCGCCGCAGUCCCCGGCGCACCUGGGGAGCAGAGAGCGGUGAGCGGUGAGCGGGAUCUUUGGAAGUUGGGUUCCUGGUUCACCUUGGACCGUGCUCCGAGGCCACUUUGAGGACCUGGCAGCAUCCUAGACCCCUGUUCUGCUAGGGUCCCUAGGCCGGACUUCCUGCAGCUCUUUGCACAUUCCCUGGGACUCAGCUGCGGCCUAGUAGGAAGACCAAACAACCUCCUUUGCUGUCUCUUCUCCCCAUCACCCAGCCUUCAAACUCUGGGCAUGGAAAGCUGCUUGGAACCAUCUGGGACCUACAGAAGAUCUAAGCUCCGUCCUUUCAGCAACGCGCGCGCGCACACACACACACACACACACACACACACACACACACAAAGUCUAGCCAGGGAGGGGCUUGUGGGAGGACAGUCUGUUGGUCUGCAUCUAUGAACCCAUUCUAUAACUGGGAAAAUAGAGACUUCCGGCGUUAUUAUGACCAGUUCCCUGGUGACAUGCUCUGUGUGUCUUUUGGGAGGGGAGAGCUGAUCCAGAUAUCUCUGUCCCACAGACAUGUCCUUCCGAAAAGUUGUGCGGCAGAGCAAAUUCCGGCAUGUAUUCGGUCAGCCGGUCAAGAAUGACCAGUGCUAUGAAGACAUUCGAGUGUCCCGAGUUACCUGGGACAGUACCUUCUGCGCAGUCAACCCCAAGUUCCUGGCAGUGAUUGUGGAAGCCAGUGGCGGGGGUGCCUUUAUGGUGCUUCCUCUAAACAAGACAGGCCGUAUUGACAAGGCCUACCCAACAGUGUGUGGGCACACAGGACCUGUUCUGGACAUCGACUGGUGUCCCCAUAACGAUGAAGUCAUUGCCAGUGGAUCAGAGGACUGCACUGUCAUGGUGUGGCAGAUUCCAGAGAAUGGGCUGACCUCUCCUCUGACAGAGCCAGUAGUGGUGCUUGAGGGGCAUACCAAGCGUGUGGGCAUCAUCACCUGGCACCCCACAGCCCGAAAUGUGCUUCUCAGUGCAGGUUGUGACAAUGUGGUGCUUAUCUGGAAUGUGGGCACUGCAGAGGAGCUGUACCGCCUGGACAGCUUGCACCCUGACCUCAUCUACAACGUGAGCUGGAACCACAAUGGCAGCCUCUUUUGCUCAGCUUGCAAGGACAAGAGCGUCCGAGUCAUUGACCCCAGGCGGGGCACCCUGGUGGCAGAACGGGAGAAGGCUCACGAGGGAGCCCGGCCCAUGCGGGCCAUCUUUCUGGCUGAUGGGAAGGUGUUCACCACUGGUUUCAGCCGCAUGAGUGAACGGCAACUGGCACUCUGGGACCCAGAAAACCUUGAGGAGCCCAUGGCCCUGCAGGAGCUGGAUUCAAGCAAUGGGGCUUUACUGCCCUUCUACGACCCAGACACCAGCGUGGUCUAUGUCUGUGGCAAGGGUGACUCCAGCAUCCGGUACUUUGAGAUCACAGAUGAGCCCCCCUACAUCCACUUCCUGAAUACAUUUACCAGCAAAGAACCCCAGAGGGGUAUGGGUAGCAUGCCUAAAAGGGGCUUGGAGGUCAGCAAGUGUGAAAUUGCCAGGUUCUACAAACUGCAUGAGCGCAAGUGUGAGCCCAUAGUCAUGACUGUGCCAAGAAAGUCUGACCUCUUCCAGGAUGAUCUGUACCCUGACACAGCAGGACCUGAGGCUGCUCUUGAGGCAGAGGAUUGGGUGAGCGGUCAGGAUGCUGAUCCAAUCCUCAUCUCACUACGGGAAGCUUAUGUGCCCAGUAAACAACGGGACCUGAAGGUCAGCCGGCGCAAUGUACUGUCGGACAGCAGGCCUGCCAGUUACAGCCGCUCCGGAGCCUCCACAGCUACUGCAGUGACUGAUGUUCCCAGUGGCAACCUUGCUGGGGCUGGUGAAGCUGGGAAGCUGGAAGAGGUGAUGCAGGAGCUUCGGGCACUUCGAGUACUGGUCAAGGAACAGGGGGAGCGUAUCAGCGCCCUGGAGGAGCAGCUGGGCCGCAUGGAGAAUGGUGAUACAUAG